AUCGCGACAACCGAUUUGCACGACAAGUGCACAAUCGACCACUCGGGCACUUCGGCCGCCGCCCCGUUGGCCGCCGGGAUGAUAGCCCUCGUCCUCGAAGCUAAUCCAAACAUCACGUGGAGAGAUGUCCAGCACCUGAUUGUCUGCACCGCACAAUUCACACCACUUAUCGAAAAUAAAAGUUGGAAGCGAAAUGCAGCCGGACUUAUGUAUAACAGCCGAUUUGGCUUUGGACUUAUGAAAGCCGAUCUAUUAGUGAAAGCGGCUCUCAAAUGGGUUAAUACUGCCGAUUGCACUGUCUUCUGGCCAUGAAGUUCAAAUCAAUUUCCUAAACUUAGGGCACAAAUGUGCGGUUAAUUUUGUGGAACACAUCCAGAUUAAUGUCAAUAUUGAUUACUCC